AUGGGCCCGCAGAGAUUGCGCGAGAUUGCGCGAUGUCCCGAAGAAGAAGAAGAAGCAUACCACUAUCGCUGGACCCCACGAAGCCCAUCAACCCAUAGGCAAAGAUCUGGAUGGGCCACAGCAAACGAACUUGAGAUGAUCGAUAUCAUUCCACUUCUUGUGCGGCAGGAUUCUCUGCCCAAAGCUGCCAGUGUUUUUCUGCCCACCGACUUCCCCCGACAUAUUGACCGAGUGCCGAAGCUUAGCAGUCCAUCCUAUGUCCGUGACCAAGUCCACCAGCAAGGACCAUCCAUACUUUCCGUCGCCCAUCAAACGGGCGCAAAGUCCGCGCUACCAUGUUCAAGCAUACCGAUGAGCAGAGCAGGGCAAGGUUUGGAGGUCUUGGCUCCCGAGAAGAGGUCACUGGCAGUCGUUGACGAGAAACCCAUGUCCAUGCUCCCGGACCCGGGCUGCCCCUCCUCGUCGACGCUGCUUGGGUCUUCCCCUCCUCCCAAUCCAGCAGAGCGCUGCCCACAAUUGCUCAAGUCUUUGUCAGAUAUCACAAAAAACCUUGCAGCAGCGGUUACGGUCAGAGAGGGUGGAGGGAAGAAGCGUCGCCGUCUCGUCCGUUUUCACCCGCCACAUGGAGGUUACGUUCGGAGAAAAACACGAGACCCAGCACGUUUAAAGAGACUUCAAUCUGCACUAGAGCAUAUCCCGUCCGUUGAGAGUGUUGAGCGCCGGAAGAACACACUACCCAAAGAAAGAAUUGUCCUUCUUGGCGGUACAGGGAGGGUCGAGAAAUCGAAUGGAUUUUGGUGGGAUACUCAAAGGGGGCAUGCCGAGGUCGAGAAGAGAGCAGACGGGUACAUGGACAAGUACUUGGUCUGCACGCCUUCAACGGACAACAGGGCAGCUAGGGGCCCCAGCCAUCGUUGUGGAUGUUCCCAGAGGAAUGGCACGCUGGGCCGGGACUCGGGAGGAAGCUUUUCUUGGGAGAAGGGGGGCCGGCCCAUCGAGGUCACUCUCUCCGAGUCUAUCGGAUCCGCAUGUAUUCUGAAUCUGAAUUCAAUAACUCAGCGCCUUCAUGCAUCCGAUAGAAUGCUGGCAUUGUCCUUCCUUUGCAGCGAAGAUCGCAUGCCUCUACGCCGCUCGUCACUCGGCAGUCGGCAGUCGCAUCGUUCUAGCCUUUCAGGGCCCACGCAAAAUUUGAUACUUCAAAGUUCAGAGUUCUCUCUCUCUAGUACUGAUACAAACCGGAGUACGGAAAGCGAUCAUGGUUAUACCAUCCUAUCCAUCCAUGCAAGUAGCUUUGAUAUUACACGUCAUGCGACCUCCCGGAUCCCAAACGGAGCCAUCCCCAUGACCAACAACAACCCCCGUCUUUACCCAUCUGUUGUCACUCACAUCGACAUCCCGUUCAUCGGCCGACACAGGGCGACAUCUCCCCGGCUUGACCGCCGGCCGCUGUUGCGUCUGGGUGCCGCCAAGGCAAACUCCGCGACUCUCGCGAUUCGUCCCUGUUUCCCCUCCAGGGCAUAUCAUUUCGGUCCCGUCUUCUUCGCCCACCCGAUCCUCUGCAUCUACUUACCGUCCGGAGCGAACGGGCGUUCGGUCGUCUUGCUAGCACCGGGAAUAACGACCACUGCAGAUCUCCGUCAGCUCAUUUCACAUUUUUGCCUUCGCACCACAGCCAAAUCAAAUCAGGACCAGACGGUACUGAGAUGGAUGGCAAACUGCGACGCUCUAAUCCAACUGGAGGAUCAGAGUCAGUUGCGCUACUUUGGCCCUAGUUUGCGCCCCUAUUGUGUCAACUCAUCUCUUGUCGCCAUCGCGGAUCUUGAUUCGUAG